GAAUGUUAUUUAUGGCAGGCGCGGUCCCGCGGACUGCACCGUUAUUAUUCGACGAGCGACUGACACCGAAACUACAAUGUCAAACAUUUUCGGGAUACCGAACGCUUCCGUGUUCACGAGAGCCGGGAAGGACCCGUCGUGAUUUGUUAUUAAGCGCGCAAAAUCUACGAGCGAUCAAAUGAUAUUUCUGGACGCAAAAGAUUGAGAGGAUGUAUCAUCUUUCAGAAAAGGUGGAAGUGUGAGUGAGUCAGGGAGAGAUGGAGGUGAUGAGAAGAAAAGACUCCGACUCAAAUGGCCUGUUCUCAGACAACUCGGACAAUGACUGUGAGGACAUGGGGGCUUGUGGACAGAGUACAGGUGUGUGUUUGUGUGAAAAUACCACCUUCUGUGAUCAGCACCCACAGGAGGACUCCAGUGUGAAGUGUGUCCAGUGCGGUAAGAACAGACCCAUGAUCACUAGAUACUCCGAGGGUUAUGGCACAGAGGAGGAGUGUGUCCAGUCUCAUCCUCAGGGAGACAGUGAUGCAGAUGCAGACAUCGAGGACACGGACAACAGGCUCCAGAUUGUGGGUUCCCUCCAGCGAAUCAGCUCCCGGAAGAGAAAGCGUCAGCGAAUCACGCGGCAGGAUACCACUGAGAGCGAAGACGAUGGUGGGCGGAGCCACAGGACUCACCGCUGGAGUCUACGACUCAGUCCUCAUCGCACACACAACAGGACGAUACUGGAGGAGAGCGUGUCUCAGGUGCGGCCGUUGGUCAUCUGCCGCUGUGCAGCGCGAGAGACUCAAGCCGCGACGGAUGACAAACCAGAUGGGGGGAAAUGGCUCCUGACAGCAUUCCCUGUCCCUCUUUCCCUCCCCGUAUCCUGCUAUCUGCUCAUCGUCCCUCUGUCCGUAUCCAUUAUCAUCAUUCUCAUGUCAUUCCUCUUACCGCUCACAGAUACUUGACAUUGCCUUACAACAUCACUGUAUAAUUCUCCACACUGUAUGAAUCAAUUCAUUUUUCUCUAGUUUUGUCCACAUGUACAGUAUAUUAGAUCAUACGCUUAGAAGACAUUUCAUUUUGAACCCUUCUGUACAGUGUUAUCUAUGAAAGCCCAUUUCUGUAACAUAAUAAAAUAAAAUGCUUUGGUAAAUCAUAAUUAUGAGAUGAAAAGUCAAAAUUGUGACAUAAAAAGUCACAAUUCUGAGAUAGAAAGUCAAAAUUGUGAAAUAAAAAGUCAUAAUUAUGACAUAAGUCACAAUUAUGAGAUAAAAAGUCAAAACUAUGACAUACUAAGUCUCAUAAUUGAGAAACUGUGACAAUACUAAGUCAUCAUUAUGAUAAAUAGUAAUUAUGAUAAAUAGUCAAAAUCAUGACAUUCUAAGUUAUAAUUAUGAAACUAUGAAAAUACUUUCAUAAUUAUGUCUUCAUAAUUAUGAACUUUCAUAAGUCAUAAUUAUGAGACAAAAAGUCAAAAUUAUGACACAAAAGUCAUGACAAAAAAAAAUCAGUUAUGAGAUAAAAUGUAAAAAUUAUAACAUACUAAACUAUAAUUUUGAAACUGAAAAUUCUGUCAUGAUCAUGAGAAAAAGUCAAAAUUAUGACAUACUAAGUUAUAAUUAUGAAACUUAAAAAUUCUGUCAUAAUUAUGACAAAAAAGUCAUAAUUGUGUCAUAAAAAGUUAUAAUUAUGACAUAAAAUGUCAUCAUUAUGGGAUAAAAAGUCAGAAUUAUGACUUUUUGUAAAAGUCGUGACAAAAAAAUUCAAUUAUGAGAAAGUCAAAAUGAUGGCAUAAAAGUCAUAAUUUUGGAACUAUGAAAAUUCUGUUAUGAGAUAAAACGUUGAAAUUCAAAAUUAUAACACUAACUCAAUUCUUAGAUAAAAGUCAAUUAUGACAAAUAGAAUUUUUGGGUCAAAAUUUUGACUUUUUAUGUUACAAUUAUGACUUUUAAUCUCAUAAUUAUGGCUUAGUAUGUCAUAAUUUAAACUUUUUAUGUCAUAAUUAUGAUAUUUUGCGAUUUAAGCAUGAUUUUUUUUUUCUUAUGUGGUUGAAAUGGGCUUGCAUAGUUAUCGGACUCCAAAGACAUCCAGUUUAUUUAACAAAAAGCACAUUUGGAUGCACAACAUGAUCAGGAGUGUGAAAUUACAGCGAUAAUGUAAUUAAGUGAAAGUACUGAGUCAAAAUGUCAAAGCAUCUAGUCAAAAAUACAAGAGCAAAAACGUUUCCACAGUUAAUCGUGUUUGAGUAUAAAGUACUUUGUAACAAAAGCAUCUCUUCACAAGGAAAAAUGACGGUAAUUGUGGCCAAUUACAUUUCACAUUGAAAUGGAUUUCAUUAGAUGUAAAUAAUAAUAAUAAUAAUAAAAAGCACCAGAGCUCAAAUUGAUUGACUCAGCAGCUUAGUAAAAUAAAUAUAUAUAGGCCUAUAUUUUUUAUAUAAUACAAAAGAUUUAAGUAAUGACCUGUGAAACGUACUUGGUUCUUUGAAAUGUGGAUUAGUUUUUUCUUUGGGUUUGAUGCGAUGAUGUAAAGUGGGUGUUUAGUUAGUGUGAGGAGGUUUUUGAACUAGACAUGGAGGAUGAAGGUCGAGUUCACCCUCAAGAGCAAGAUCUAUCCUCAUUUGUUAUUAUUGCCAUAACCUUUAGUACAUUAACCAGCAUUAAAUUAAGAAAGAUUUUAGAAAGGCUGUGUCACCCACAACAGCUGCUGAGUGCAAAAGAAAGACAUUUCACAGUGCUUUAAUGAAAGAUUACGAAAACAAACAUUUUUUAAAUCAUGCACAACAUUUAUGAGGAAAGCUGCUUUCAUGUUGACUUUAACAUCAUCUUCAUGAAGUGAAUCAUUGCACCGUCUCUCAGUGUCAUCAGAAAUAGAGCUGUUAUCUAAUUCUUCAUGUGUGGGAGAGAAGCACAUCGGGGCCAAAGGCCCACCGCCACACGUGGGCUGAAUCUAUGCAAGCAUCAAUCGUUUUACGAACUCUUUUUUGUGUAAAUAUGCUCUUAAGAGUUUCAGUUCCUCUGGCUUCUUGUGUCUUUCAUCUGUUCCUGAUUCUUCGUUUGUGUUCAUGGAUUCAUUCCUCUGUGUAAAGGGCUGUUGUUUGUCUCACUGUAAAGGCUUUACUGCAGUGUUUCACAGCGACUGACUCAUUUGAACCGUCUUGAGAUGCAAUAUUCACUGACAGAAGCACAAGCGUAAGUCAGGUCAAAUGAGUUCAGACAAACAUUUUCCAUAGUCCCUCUGCAUUAAUUCAUUAUCUGAGCGUGAACGUUCACAGUUUUCCUCUUAAGUUAUCAGCUGCAUGUUUAUGAGUGUUAUCGCUACAACAAUUACUACCGGUGUGCAUCUGUACCUCAAUCCAGCUUAUUUUAGAUCUCACAAUUUUUCAUAUUUGCUUACUGCAUAUUUUCCUUUUUAUUUUAUAUAUUUUUUCCCUGUGAAAAUGGUAUUGUAAAAUGAGUCUGUGUCUAGAUUUUAAGAGAAUUAAAAUUAUAGUUUGACAGCAA